GCAGCAGUCACAGCGGAUAUGUUGGAGGUGGGGGGAUAAGUGCUGGAAAGAAGCAGCAAUGCUUCGUCUGUUUCUCCUUGUCCUCUGCUCUACAAGCAGGGCUUGGGAGCACUGAGGUGGGGCUAAGGGGAUCCACGUACAUGAGAAAGGAGCUUUCCCUUUGCAGGUCCAAAGGAAGACAAAAGCAUUCCUAGGAGUUAGAUUUCACUUGGAAGUCCUGAGUUCUAGCACCCUCUGAACUGCCUGGGCCUUAUUUCUGAACCAAUCCAGGAUUCAUCAUCUUGGAGAGACCUAAAGCUCUAGGAUGGGAUUUCUGCUGCUCCAGUUAUUGGCUUUCACUUUCAUCCCCUUGGAUCCAGCCCAUUCUCAGCAAUGUUCAGGGGGCGCUACUCCACUGAUCCUUCAGUUUGCUGAUGUGGGUGCUGACCAGAGGAUUCCUGCCCACCGACGAGUUCCUGGAUCAUUGGAUCCCCUCUAUGACCUUGUCCAAAGCUACCUUGAUAUGGUUCAACAGAACCCUCUCCCUACAGAGCUGUUGAAGGAUGCCUUGAAUGACCCGCCAUCUGCUAGUACUUCCCAGAUCCUCGAAUAUCAAGCAGGAUACUUGGUCUGUGCUUCAAUUGCUGUCAUCUAUUUUGUGGCAAUGCCCCUGAUUGGGCUGAGCAUCUGCUGCUGCCGGAGACAUAGGCGCUGCGGUGGGCGGGUGAAAGCAUACCGCCGCUCCCUCCUCUGCCAACGCAACUUUCUCAUGAUCAGUCUGCUCCUGACCACUCUUGUCAUUCUAGCUGGUGUUAUCUGCGCUUUUGCUGCCAACCAGAAGGUGAAAGAGGAGAUGGAGCCUGGAGCCCGAGAUGCACUGAACACCCUGCAGGCUUUGAGGCACCAUGUGAGCGGGAUCCCCCGUGGAGUUCAGCUGGCUGUGGAGCAGUUUGCAGUUCCUAAAGAACAAAUUCUCAGAGAUCUAAACAAUGUCAGCUGGAAUGUUGGCAGCACUAUCCACUUGGUGCUGAAAGGGCCUGUAUAUUCCGCUAUGAAUGCCAUGAAGAGUAGAGUGCAAGACCUACAGAACUCGCUGCACCAUUUACAGAUACUCAAGAAGACUGUCCAGGGAUUGACCCAGUACCAGGAUGAGCUGGAAUCCACACUGAAGUAUCAGAAGCAAAACAUCAUUUCCCUUCUGGAGGAUCCACGUUGCACCUACUGUGCUAGUGCUUUAAGCACAGCUCAGGGCUUGGAAUUGGGUGCAGACUACCAUAAACUACCUCCGGUGGAAAGAGUUUUGAAGAACUUGCAGGGACUUCCAAAGGCUAACUUCUCAGAAAUGAUUCACCAGGCCAGCCACAGCUUCAACUCUUUCCCAGAACGAAUUGCAGCGAAGAUGGCUGAUAUUGUGCAAGACUUAAAGAAAGACAUGGAAAAAGCUACAGAGAAGGUCCAAGACAUUGCAGAUAGCUUCCCAAUCGCAGGUCAUACUCGUCCCAUAUAUAAUGCUCUGGUAAAGGCUGAGAAUAUAAGCCGCCCUUAUUUCAAGGAGGUGAAGCAUUAUGAAAGAUACAGGUGGAUUGCGGGUGUUGUGGCAUGCACUGUUGUCCUACUGAUUGUUAUCUGCAACAUUCUUGGGCUUUCCUUUGGGACCUAUGGGCUGACUGUACGAGAGGAUCCCAGUGACUAUGAAAGCAGAGGAGAAGCUGGAGCCAAGAUGCUCAUUACUGGGGUCUGCUUCAGCUUCCUCUUCUCCUGGCUGUUGAUUCUCUUGGUCUUGGUCACGUUCCUAGUUGGGGGAAAUGUCCAAACGCUGGUAUGCGAGCACUGGGCUAGCCAAGAAAUCUACAAGUUCAUUGACACGCCUGGCAAUCUGCCUCCUUCCAUGAACAUCACCCAGCGCCUGGGCCUAAAGAAGAGCCUCAACAUCACAACUGCUUAUCAGCAAUGUAAGAAUGGUGCGGGCCUCUGGGAAGUUCUACAGCUCGAGGACAGCUACAGCCUUAGUGACCAUCUCAGUGUCACAAAGUACACUGCAGAGUUUCAGAAGCGCCUUGAAGAUUUUCACAUCAGCUUUGAAGACAUUGUUCUGUUAAAUGCAGAUGGAAAGCAAGAUCUAGACACCUUCAAGAAGAGUGGGGUUGACCAAAUAGAUUAUGCAAGCUUCCAGGCAGAGAUACGUAACCCUAUUGUGAGGACCAGUGUUGAAGGCGUGGCUUUAGAUCUUGAGAGACUAAGCAAGGUUCAGAGCGACAGGUCUCUGGCAGCACAACUGGCUGAUGAAUCACAGAAGCUCCAUGAAAUUCAGAAUGCCACAAUUGACAUCAUGAAAGAACUUGUGGCAAAUCUGAAAGAAAGUGUCUACUUCUUAUUGACAAUGGCACCAAAUUUACAGACUCAAAUAAAUGACAUGGAGACCAAAAUUCGCUUUGUUGAGAACACUCUCCCCGUUGACGUUCACAAAAUCCUGAGACAGGAGUUAGCCUGCUUUGUAAGAAAAGAGGUGGGGUACAUCUCCCUGUACCUAAACUGGCUAAGACAUGUGCUAACAGGGGAUGUUGCUUCAUGCCAGCCCCUCUCUACAGCUCUGGACAAUGGCCGGGUGAUCUUGUGUGAACGCAUUGUGGAUCCCUGGAAUGCCUUCUGGUUCAGCCUGGGCUGCUGCACUUUCUUCCUCAUCCCCAGCAUCAUCUUUGCCAUCAAGACCACCAAGCAUUUGCGUCCCAUCAGGCACCGAUUAAUCUCUACAGGAUCAGAGGAGACCUAUCCCUUCCACAUUCCACGUGUCACAUCUCUGAAGCUGUAGGAGUUCUCUGCACCAAGAUCUCCGGGACUCAUACAGGAAAGAACUCUGGGUCCAGUCCAAGAUGCAGACUCUUCAUCUCCAUCAAAGAUGCCCCUUGUGCAGUACUUCCUUUGCAAGUUGUAAAGCUCCAAGGGGCUGAUAGUGGCCUUAUUGAAGAAACAUCUUAUCUCAUGCAAAAAUUUCCAUGCCGUCAGUGUUACUCACCUCACCAUAAAUUUUCCCGUUCUUCCAAGUUUCCUUUAACGGUGCUUCUUGCUCUGUGCAGAUCAAUCAAAUUUGCCAGUGACGCUCUUUUAUCAGUUUAGUUCCUUCUGUUUCUGAUGCAAUCUGGUGGAUCAAAUCUUAAGACUUCAGAAGCAAUCUUAGCCUUGCCAUAAGGUGGUGGGGAGAUGUUUGAGAUUUUAGUGCCUGUUUUACCACCUGGAAUUUAUAAAGGGAGGGGGUGCUCCAAACUAGCACAUGGCAAGAACUGAGAGAGCAUUUGCUCAGGGUGGUUGUUGGGGCUUAUUUUGGCCAAAGCUGAGGGAAUGGUAACAAGAUACGACUGAGAGCAGCUUCAGCCAUCAAUGAUAUCACUAACCUCUGAAGCUGCAGCUGUCAACUUACUAUGACCAACUGCUUCAACUGGGAGAGCCGUACCUUCCCACCUCCCAGCAAUAAUGCCCUUAUGGCUCUGAGCAGCUUAGUGAGAGAAGGUCUGCCCCCCCCCCAGACUCAAGAACUUUGCGGUGGCUCCUUGCAGUGCUACAGAAGAGAGUGCUGUAGAUGCAUUGUCACAGAGGCCUCUGAUGCAUGCUCUCAUUUCAUGCUAGGAGUAGCAUCUGUGCUGCCAGAAGUUCAAGGAAAGGAGGGAGUUGGGCAGUGUGAAGAGUCUCUGUGGGGCAUCACCAAGACUCUUGGGCAUCCAUUCAUUUUGGGCAAAGAGGGAUGGACCACUUCUCAGCUGACACGGCUUGGACCAGGAGCUGGAAGAAUUAGGAUGGGGGCAAAAUAUGUGGCACACAAAUCAGCUAUCCCUGCACAAUAGGGAUCCUGCACUUUCCUUCAUCCCUGCAGAAUAUAUCUGCUGACGAUUGGGCAGAAACACCAACCCAUUUACCACUCAAUACAAUAAUCACACAUGAUGAUCAGUAUUGGGAUUGGCAUGCUUUUGUUUUAUUUUGCUAUGUUGAAUACUGUCUAUGUAGGAAAUCCUCUAUGUGUGAAGUAUACCUAGCGCCAUUCCCUAUGUUAUGUGACAUUAAACCUGGGUUUGCUGUUGUACAUGUCCAACAUCAAGGAAGACAGUGUCAUGUUCUGGUUUGGAUGUUGGGCUAGGAAAGGGGAAACCCUGAUUUAAAUCCUCCUUCUGUCAUGAAGCAUAUUGGGUGAAUUUAGGCCAGACACUCUUUCAGCCUAACCAACUUUGCAGGGCAUUGGGGAGAACAAAACUGAAAGGUGGAAUAAAAAAUGUAAUUAGGUUUAACUGCAGCCACUCUUGCCUCCCCCUCCCCUGGAUGAAGGUGCUGAAUGCUGAUACAAUGCAUGUUGUUUCAAAUGGAUGGUUUGUCUCCUCCGCAUGUUAUAUUUUUAGGUAAGAUGUAACGUACGAAGCAGUUCUAACGUAGAUCAGUUUUGCACACGCAUUUGGGGCUUGUUUUCUUUCUUUGUGGUUCUUUUUAACAGGCAGACAGAGGUUCGUGCACGAAAGGAGAUGCAGUGCCUAUUUUUAGUAAUAUCCCUCUGUAUGCCAUGCCACAGUCUCACAUGUUGUUUUUCAGUAAUGCUAUAAAUGGAAAUGUAGGGGUAAUAGCUCAUUCAGAGCACCAGCUUUGCAUGCAGAUGGCCCCAGGUUCAGUCAUCUCCAUUUCGAGGGAUCUCAGGUAGCAGGUGUUAGAGAAUGAUCUUUCAGUGUCUGAGAGGCCCUGGAGCAUCACUGCUAGUCAGAGCAGAUAGCACUGAGCUUAGGUGGUCCAGUGCUAUAAGUCAUAAAAGUUGCCCUUACGCCAAAUGGAUGUGUGUGUCCAAAUGAUGAAGAGUGCCACACAGAAAUAGUGCCACCCUUCCCCAUGCCACUGAGAAGUUCCCACAGAUUGGGAGCCCUUUAGGGACAGGAAUACUGCCUGUCUUUUGUAUGAAUGAUUAGUGUCACUUGCCCUUAAUUUUUGGGAAAGGGUUGCCAAUAAUUUAAAUAGAGGCACUCUUAAUUAAAAAGUGGCCAAGGUUAGCUCUUUCUUCUGUUGUCAAAUGUGUCUGCUUGGUGAAGGACAUGAGGUUAGCAAGGGCCAAAGCGUUGUUACUAAAGAAUGCCCCAUAGUUUCAGUGGUGCACUGAACUCUUUUCCACAAAUGGACGAGCUUAGUUCUGAGGGUUUAUUAGGCUUUUCUCUUAAGUAAAUAUCAUCCAGGGAGUCUAAUUUUAACAAGUGCAAUUUCUCCCUUUGAUAAGGGAAAUGAUCUUUCGGUUGUGUCACUGGCAAGAAAAAAGCUUAAGAAAUUCUCUUUUUGAAAUGAUUUUUUUAAAUUUGGGGGAUCCAUGUGGGCCACUCAAGAGUCUUUGGGCUCUGACAAAUGACUAAUCCUGCCCACUUCUGGAACUAGUUCCAUGUGAACUGGGAUUGCUGAAGUACAUUGGAGCAGAACGUCUAUGUUUUCUUUCUGAUGAGUUGGAUAAGAAUUUAAUAUAAAUUUGAUUUUCCCUGA